UCCGCAAAACAACUAGGCAACUCGCUUGCCAGAGAAGCUUGAGACGAGACGCCGGCUCUACGUCGCGAGAAAGCGCAUGCAGAAGGGUUGACACGACGAGUCUUAUAUAUCAGAGGAAUGGCUGAGAUAGAUACGUCCGUAACGGACGAGGAUGUGCUGCCGGAGGGCGACGCGCAAGUCCUUGGGACAGCGGAAUCGGACACCGAGACAUUGGACAAGUCGGUGCCCAACAAGUCAGAAUUCUGGACGGAGUGGUCCAUCGCUAUUCACUUCAGGCCACCCACAUAUGUGAGGGACGACUGCCCGCGACUCCCGCACGAGCUUAUCGAGCGCAUCUACGAGUUCCUUUGGAGCGACCCGCUGGUGCUCGCCAGUGGCAUGCGCGUAUGCUGCGCUUGGUAUCACGCUGCAGGCGCGUUGCUUCAGCGGUCAGAUGAGCUGUCACUGUGGACCCGAGCGGACUUACGCAGCUACGCGCGUAUGCUGAUGUCUACCCGGAAAACGGCUUAUAACGAACGAUUCUGCGAGUUGAGUGUCUAUGACAAUCCUCGCGAGCCGUUUACACGCGUCUGGCCGAUGCUCAUUCAUGGAAGCUUGUUGCCGAAGGUAGCAAGGCUGAAACUCGGUGGCAUUGAUUGGACGACUACCGGUCCACAUGAUGCCUUCUAUGAAUGCCUGCCAUCUUACUCCGAAAUCAUGUUCCUGACCAUUUCUAACUGCUCGUUCCGCACCCAAAGGGAGCUCCGUCGACUUAUAAACGGACUGCCGAGUCUCAAAAAGCUCACACUUUCGAACAUUACACUGCAAUGUCCGCUAGGUCUCCCGGAACCUGUCCCCUCUCAUGUCUCAGCACGUCGCCAUAGCCUCAAAAAGAUCACACUGCGGACUGACGAGCUGGUUGCCCUGUCAUCGAACAAUCGCGAUCCAGAGCCCGGAAAGGCAGCUUCGAGGACAGGAGUGCUGUAUGCAUGCGCUGUGUAUUCGUCUGUCGAAAAGCUUGACCUGGAUUUAUCAUAUUUUCCUUCGGCGCUGUUUCUGCUGAACUACCUCCUUCGCUUUCCUCGACUGCAACAUUUGGAAGUGUCUCGUGGUCUCCAGCAAGACCUAGGGAUUGGAUCCGCAAACACCGAUCCACUGCACACGGAAUAUACGCCUGCCCGCCCACUGUCCUCGUUCACCCUCUGGGGUACAGUGGCCGAACCAACUACACUACAGCUGCUGCGACUACUGUCUACCCCUCAUGCGUGCAGCACCCUGAAAGACCUAUUCCUUGUUCUCAAUUUCAACCCGUCUGUGGAAUUCGUCCUCCGUGUCACCCGCAUUCUGGGCCUCUGUGGUCCCGGUUAGAGCGCUUUUGCUGGGAUGCUGGUGGAGACUCGCGGAUUAUUCCGCAACUCACGGCGAACACCUCGCUAGAAUUUCUCACCAUGACUUUGCACCGCGUUACCCCGAGGUCAUGGACGAUCCAGAAGACACUGUUUACAGUGCUAUCUGACAUUACAAGCACAGAACUGGAACGGCUCGAUCUCGACAUUCAUUUAAACGGCCCCGAGCCACCAU